AGGCCUACGUGCAGUCAGUCAGCAGUCACAUGAAAGUUGUUGAUCAUCAUCAUGGCAGAAAACAGCGACUACAAUUGUUAUCCCCCUCCUCCAGAAAAAUGUGAACUUUGUGAUUCUUUUGAAGAUCUGAAGACGUGUUCUGGGUGUCGUCUGGUAUUCUACUGCUGUAGAGAACAUCAAAUUCAAGACUGGAAGAAGCACAAGCAGAACUGUAAGAAAAAUGCGUCUGGAAAAAAUCAUAACAAAUCGCUGUCUCACUCUCAGGAAAAUGAAUCUUUGAAAUCGAGUCAAAAAAGUGAAGGUGAUCUUGAGAAUGUAACACAUAAUAACAAAACUAUCUCUAACGUUAAAACUACGGGGAAACCAGGUCCUAAAAAAAGUGAGCAUCCAGUAAAGUCAUCUGAACACAGAGAGAAAAGUAACAAAAAGAAAACGUCGCCAGGGUUUGACACUAGACCUUUCAUCCAUACCGAUUUCCCUAAACCUAAAGGGUCUGAUGUGGACUCAAUUGCAAGACACGCUGCACUCCAACUGAAACACAACGGCUAUUGUGUCAUGGACAGUUUCCUCCCUCAAGAUGUCGGUCUCAACAUUCUCAAGGAAGUCAAGGUUAUACAAGACAGUGGGGUCCUAGUGGAUGGUCCACUCAGUGGGGGCAGGACAAGCAGCGAGAAAACCAGGAAGUUCACGGAGAAGGAAAUCCGUGGAGAUAAGAUUACUUGGAUGCAAGGAAACGAGGAGGGGUAUCCCAACAUCAGGUCCUUGAUACGUCAGAUGGAUGGAUUGAUGCAGAGGUUGAAUUACUAUCUGGAAGGAUUGUACACCAUCAGUGGAAGGACAAAGGCGAUGGUAGCAUGUUACCCUGGCAACGGAACUGGUUAUGCGUGCCAUGUGGAUAAUCCAAACAGAGAUGGGAGAUGCGUGACGUGUCUGUAUUACCUCAAUGAAAACUGGGACUCUCGGUCACAGGGUGGAUUAUUAAGACUUCUUCCAGUAUCAGGAGGUUAUGUUGACGUCCAACCUGUCCUCAAUCGACUUCUUCUAUUCUGGUCAGACAGACGGAACCCGCAUGAGGUUCAACCAGCAUAUGACAUGAGGUACGCUAUCACUGUGUGGUACUUUGACAAAUCAGAGCGUGAAGACGCUAAGAUGGCUCAGCUUAAUGAAGAUAUGAACAGACUUCGUGGUGAAGUUUCUCUGGAGAGCGUCAAGGCACAAAAAGAGGAGAAAGAUCGAGUAAAGCAAGAGCUACAGAAGAAAUCAACUAAUGCUGUUGCUGCACUAUCAGAGGAAGAACUUAAGGCAUUUUCAGCGUUACUCAAGGGACAGCCAGACCCUCGAGCCGUCCUAACAAACCUCCAAGUUGCCCCAUCUAUACAGGAGGCUCUGUUGUCUCAACUAACAGAGAUGGAGUCAUCUUGAUAAUGGCUGAUAAUAUCAUAUGGAAGGGACAUAUGUAGCUCACUCUACUACACUAAGCUUUAAUUUAGAAACAAGUCAGAUUAUCCACCUUAGUAAAUUAAAAGGCAUCAAUUUGCAUCAGUAAUGGUUACCAGCUUUUCAUAGCUGUUCAGCAGAAAACAUUGCUUAACAUUAACAUCUGCAGGGAACCAGUCACAAGGCCUGUACAUUACAUGUCGUGGGGGCCGGUGACCCACUUUAGCUAAGCAGUAUGUUUCUGUGCUUAGCAAAUUUAUGUGACUGCUUUAUGAAAGCACGCCCACUGUAUUCCAGACCUGGAAUUUCAUAUGUUAAAGGGCAAGGCUGUUUUCAUUUUGCAAA